UUAAAUGCAAUAAUCUGUUAUAGUGAAAAGAUUUAAAGUUCAUUUUAUUAAUAGUUUAUGGAAUUUAAUUAAAAGAGUGAAUAAAUCCAAUAAUACAAAAGACCAAAGCAAAGUUAACACAAACAAUAGAAAAAUCGGUAAAAUGGCCACCACUGCUGAUUUGCCAAGCUCCAAUGAACGACACUAUUACGCCAAAUUGGAGGCUAUAAAGGAUAUACGCGAUAAAACUGUAUCAUUAGAGAAAUUAAAAGUACGCAUUAUUAAGGAGGUAAAGUUGAGUGAUGAUGAGGAUAAAUGCCUGGAUGAAUAUCGCAAAGAAUUAGAACAUUUGCUGGAAGAGAAGAUGUCGCAUGUUGAAGAAUUGCGUCAAAUACAUGCUGACAUCAAUGACAUGGAAAAUGUAAUUAAACAAACAAAAGAAAAUCAAACGCGUUCCGUAGAUAUGGCUAAUCGACACUAUGAGGAAUAUUUGGCCUUAAAGUAUCAAAUAGAUCAUAUGCGACGUGACUACUUGGGCUUAAGUCCGCUAAGAGAUUUGCAUGAAGAGGAAGGUAGUCCUAUAUCGAAAGAUCGUUUUCCAACCAACUUUUUAAAAGUAGCCGCUCAAAGUGCAGCCGCGGCAGCAGCUGCUUCGUCAAAUCAAGCCUCUUCAUUGGCUAGACCCCAUCCCAGACAUCCAUUGAUGCCCGAAGCGACUGUCACCGCAUUGCCGCCUUCAGCACCAAAUAGUGUGGGCGCUAAUCCAGGAGCGCCACCCACUGGAGGUCAUGCUUUUAUGCCACCUGCUCCUCCGGGCUCCGGAACAAAUGCUUCUUCCGCUGUACGUUUGGGUAAAGGAGAUUUUUCAGCACCACCUCCUCCACCACCUCCCUCCAGUCGUCUGCAACAAGCUCCUUCCAUAGGAUUAGGACAUCAUCCUACUUUUCGCUCCGAUUUCAAUGUCAACUUAAGACAACAGCCGCCUCCCAUGAAAUCGUGUCUUUCAUGCCAUCAACAAAUACAUCGUAAUGCUCCCAUUUGCCCAUUAUGUAAAGCUAAGUCUCGUUCUCGUAAUCCCAAGAAACCAAAAAAGAAAAAUAAUUAAUUUGUAGUUUUACAGGCAAAGAAGGAACGGUUGUGUGCUUAAUGAUAGCAGUGUUAUACCUAUGAUAAUAAAUAUUUAUGAAUUAGUUAUCAAAUUGAAUGUGGAUUACUAUGCCUGGGAUAACAAACUUCUAAAGUUCAUUUUUAUACCCAUCAUAAU